UUAUUGCACUUUGCACUGUUUGAGUGUUUUUGUAGUAUUAUUAUUGCAGUCCUACUACAUUUUCAUGUCGGUUUAUUAGAUUUUUAUUUUCAUAAUUUUUCAUGCUGAUGUAAUAUUAUGUCAGUUGAUCAGCUAGAAAAUCAGAAUCCUGACGUUUAUACGAAACUCGAUGAACGGCCUUCCACUUUAGAAGAGGAGGAUGAUUCAGUUGUAGACGAAUUUGACAGCCGAGAGAUAUUUGAUCUGAUUCGACAUAUCAACGACCCAGAACACCCUCUUACUUUGGAGCAACUGCAUGUUGUCCAGGAGGAUUUGAUAGACAUAGAUAAUGGAAAUGGGACAGUCGAUGUCCACUUUACUCCUACCAUCCCGCACUGUAGCAUGGCUACACUGAUAGGCCUUUCUAUCAGAGUCAAAUUAUUGAGGUGCUUACCUGCCAGAUUCAAAGUUAGAGUUGAAGUUACUCCUGGUACCCACAACGCAGAACUGCAAGUGAACAAACAACUGGCAGACAAAGAACGAGUAGCAGCUGCACUUGAGAACUCCCAUUUGAUUAAAGUUAUUAAUCAGUGUAUUUCUUUCAGAGCUAGAGCAUAAUUUUUCCAAAA